AUGAUACUCAAAGCCGUGCUAAUAAUUUCCGUAUCAACCACCUUCGCGUUCGACUCCCAGAAAUCGACCACCGAGAUUUUCGACGCGUGGAAGAUCCGCAUCGACCAAGAGCACCCCGAGUGCGCGAAAACGUCGGGCGUGUCGGACGAGGAGCUUGACGGACUGUUUCGGCGGCAACGACUGUCGUCCAGCAGAAACUUCAAAUGUUAUCUGCGCUGCAUACACAAGGUUUUCAAUUUCGUAAACGACGACGGUAGCUUGAGAAAACAAGACAUUAGCGACGGCGUGGAGAAGGUCAGCGUAGAUGUAUUAGACUUCUGCAUGACAGGGGUGGGCGAAGAUAUGGAUGAGUGUGAAAAGUCUUAUACACUUGUCGCCUGUAUGCUCAGAAAUAUUUUUUCCUAUAAUUUGUUGUAG